GGGCAGAAAAGCCACUGGCAUACCCCGGCCAGCCAGGCGUCUGCCUCUCUUCCCUCAUCUUCCUCUCCCGGGCAUCGCUCUGCUCUGGGCCAGUUCGGUAGGUGACGCGGCCCCUUCUUCCCAGGUCCCCAUCCACCGGAGCUGGGGUGCAGGCCUGCCGGGGGCUGUACCAUGAGCCAGAGCCCUGGCUUCGUGACCCGGAGGGGCGGCUCUCCGCUGGCUGCCCCUGGAGCCGGCGCGCGGCGCAACGAGAGCCAGGACUAUCUGCUGAUGGACGAGCUGGGAGACGACGGCUGCCCGCAGCUCCCGCUGCCGCCAUACGGCUACUACCCCAGCUUGCACCCAGGCAAGCCGGGGAUGCGAGCGCGCUUGGGACCGGGCUGCGUGCUGGUGGGCACGCGAGGGGUGCGCUCGCCCUCGGAGCGAGCCCGCGCAGUUCUCUUCCCACCACAGGGGGUAGGCUGGCAGGUCACCACAGGGGACCCUGUGCGGGGUCAGUUUUUACAGCCGCUGCCACCCCGUGGCACUGCUCAACAGGCACGAUCCGAAGUCGGAGCGGGGUCCAGUUUUCGCUCCGGUGUGAGUCAGCCCCUGUGGGGGAGCCAGCAGAACUCUCGGGGUCUUGGAAGGCACUUCGGAGCAGGGGCCCACCACAGUGCCCUCUCCAGCUCGGCCAUGGUCCGUCGUCUUGCGAAAAGAUUGCUUGGGGAGAGAAGGGACAACCUCCUUCUCACCCCGGAGCUGAGGUUAGGACGGGAAAACAGACCCAUUCAGGUUUUUAACGACUACCGGAAGCUGUCCAUGCAGUGCAAAGACUUCGUAGUUGGCCUCCUGGAUCUCUGCAGGAACACGGAGGAGGUGGAGGCCAUCCUCAACGGGGACGCAGAGACUCGGCAGCCCGGGGACCUCGGCCGUCCGAAUCUCAGCCGUUUAAAACUUGCCAUUAAAUAUGAAGUAAAAAAAUUUGUAGCCCACCCGAACUGCCAGCAACAGCUCCUCUCCAUUUGGUACGAGAACCUCUCCGGCUUACGGCAGCAGACCAUGGCAGUCAAGUUUCUCGUGGUCCUCGCGGUGGCCAUUGGACUGCCCUUCCUGGCUCUCAUAUACUGGUGUGCUCCGUGCAGCAAGAUGGGGAAGAUAUUGCGAGGACCAUUCAUGAAGUUUGUAGCGCAUGCAGCUUCCUUCACCAUUUUCCUGGGCCUGCUCGUCAUGAAUGCAGCUGACAGAUUUGAAGGCACCAAGCUCCUCCCUAACGAAACCAGCACAGAUAAUGCCAGACAGCUGUUCAGGAUGAAAACAUCCUGCUUCUCAUGGAUGGAAAUGCUCAUUAUAUCCUGGGUAAUAGGCAUGAUAUGGGCUGAAUGUAAAGAAAUCUGGACUCAAGGCCCCAAAGAGUACUUAUUUGAGUUGUGGAAUAUGCUCGAUUUUGGGAUGCUGGCAAUCUUUGCAGCAUCAUUCAUUGCAAGAUUUAUGGCCUUCUGGCAUGCAUCCAAAGCUCAGAGCAUCAUUGAUGCAAAUGACACUUUGAAGGACUUGACAAAAGUCACACUGGGAGACAACGUCAAAUACUACAAUCUGGCCAGGAUAAAGUGGGACCCUUCCGAUCCUCAAAUCAUCUCUGAAGGUCUUUAUGCAAUUGCUGUGGUCUUAAGUUUUUCCAGAAUAGCUUACAUUUUACCAGCAAAUGAAAGCUUUGGACCCCUGCAAAUUUCACUUGGAAGAACAGUAAAGGAUAUCUUCAAAUUCAUGGUCAUAUUCAUCAUGGUGUUUGUGGCCUUUAUGAUUGGAAUGUUCAACCUCUACUCCUACUACAUUGGUGCAAAACAGAAUGAAGCCUUCACAACAGUUGAGGAAAGUUUUAAGACAUUGUUCUGGGCUAUCUUUGGGCUUUCUGAAGUGAAGUCGGUGGUCAUCAACUACAAUCACAAAUUCAUUGAAAACAUUGGCUAUGUUCUGUAUGGAGUAUAUAAUGUCACGAUGGUCAUUGUUUUGCUAAAUAUGUUAAUUGCAAUGAUCAACAGUUCAUUCCAAGAAAUUGAGGACGAUGCUGAUGUGGAGUGGAAGUUUGCAAGGGCCAAACUGUGGUUCUCCUACUUUGAGGAAGGAAGAACGCUUCCUGUCCCCUUCAAUCUCGUGCCAAGUCCAAAGUCCCUGCUUUAUCUUCUACUGAAGUUUAAGAAAUGGAUGUCUGAGCUGGUCCACGGUCACAAGAAAGGCUUCCAAGAAGACUCAGAGAUGAACAAGAGAAACGAAGAAAAGAAAUUUGGAAUUUUGGGAAGUCAUGAAGACCUUUCAAACCUUUCACUUGACAAAAAUCAGUUGGCACACAAGAAACAAUCAAGUAUAAGGAGCUCGGAAGAUUUCCAUUUAAAUAGCUUCAGUAACCCCCCACGACAAUAUCAGAAAAUCAUGAAGAGACUCAUUAAAAGAUAUGUCUUGCAGGCCCAAAUAGAUAAGGAGAGUGAUGAAGUGAACGAAGGGGAACUGAAGGAAAUUAAGCAAGACAUCUCGAGUCUUCGUUACGAACUCCUGGAAGAAAAAUCGCAGAACACAGAAGACCUAGCGGAACUUAUCAGAAAACUCGGGGAGAGACUGUCUUUAGAACCGAAACAGGAGGAAAGCCAGAGAUAAUGCAGGACCCCUCAGAAAUGCAUAUUUAUUUCUGCACUUGAAGCCAUAUUAUUUUCUGAUUUAUUUUUUUAAGUGCCAAUGAUAAAAAAAAAAGUAUGUUAACUGAUAACUUGGAUCAUCUGGAGUCCAAAUAUCAACUUUUUUUGGUGAUUAAAUUGCAUUGU